GGAAUAAUGCAUGUCGCGAGUCGAAGGAAGAGAUUUGGGGUGUGUGUGCUGCUUGUGCUCGUGGAUAUAUGCUGGGAAACGGUGUGCGGGCAGCUCUCCUAUUCCGUGUUAGAGGAGGUGAACACUGGGACUGCGGUCGGAAACCUCGCUAAGGAUCUCAACCUCAGUGUCCAGGAUUUGGAGUCCCGCAUGUUUAGGAUCGUAUCCGGGCCGAAGAAAACCUACUUCGGGGUCAACCUUAACACGGGCGCCCUUUACGUCAGCGACAGAAUAGACAGAGAGGAGCUGUGCGCAAAGGCGCCGAAAUGCACUGUUAACGUGGAGGCUGUCAUAAACGAGCCCCUUAAACUCUACCGUAUCGAAAUAAGCAUCGUAGACGUUAAUGAUAAUUUCCCGUCUUUUAUCGCGAAGUCGCAAAACAUAGACGUCGCUGAGAGCACGCUACCCGGCGUGAGGUUUCCUCUACUGCAGGCGUAUGACGCAGACGUGGGGAGAAAUGGUGUCAACACGUACAAGCUCAGCUCUAAUGAGCAUCUCUCGUUAGCGGUAAGUAAAGCAGGGGACAGCGUAUCCACCGAGUUAGUGUUACAGAAAGCCCUCGACCGGGAAAAAGAGCAGUUAAUAACGCUUACCCUAACAGCUGUUGACGGGGGGACUCCGCCGAAGUCCGGCACGUCAGACAUAAUAAUCCACGUUUUAGACAUUAACGAUAACACCCCGGUGUUUGAAAAGUCGCUGUUCAAAGCUCGCGUACUUGAAAACGUGGCCAUCGGAACGACUCUGUUAACUUUGAACGCGACAGACGCAGACGAAGGGACGAACAGAGAAAUCGCUUAUAGCCUGAGCACGAAGGAGCAGGACGACGUGUUGGAGAUAUUUCACAUCGACGAACAAACAGGCGUCAUAACGGUGAGAGGAGACGUGGACUUCGAGGAACACGCCGCGUUUGAGAUCCGCGCUCAAGCUAGCGACAAAGGCCAGCCUCCCAUGACUGCCCAUUGCAAAGUGCUGGUGGAAGUGGUGGACCUAAAUGACAACGCGCCCGAGAUAACGGUGACGUCGCUACUGAGAGACGUGAAAGAGGACGCUAGAGUAGGCACUGUAGUCGCGCUUGUGUCGGUAAGCGAUAAGGACGGAGGUAAAAAUGGCGAGACACGUUGUGAGGUGAGAAACGAGGUCCCGUUUAAAUUGGAAACAAACUACAAAAAUUAUUACUCGCUGGUGGUUAAUGGGCCCCUAGACAGAGAGGUGAAUUCUCAAUACAACGUCACCGUUACUGCUACCGAUGAAGGAAACCCUCCUCUCGCGCACGCUACCGUGAUUCUCGUGCACAUUAAUGACGUCAAUGACAAUGCGCCUCGCUUCUCAGAAGGCGAAUUUAAUGUUUAUUUAAAAGAGAAUAGUCCGGUGGGAGCGAUUAUCAAAACCGUAUGUGCAGUUGAUUCUGACAUUGAGCAAAAUGGCCAGGUGAGCUAUUCAUUUUUAGACAGUAAUAAAAAAGUAUUGCCGCUUUCCACGAUGAUAAACAUCAACUCAGAGACAGGAGAUAUAGUCAGCCUGCAGUCUUUCAACUAUGAGGAGAUGAAAACGUUCCAGUUUAAAGUUCAGGCCACAGACUCUGGUGCUCCUCCACUCAGCAGUAAUGUGACUGUGAACGUGUUUAUCCUGGAUGAGAAUGACAACAGUCCCGGGAUUCUCGCUCCCUAUUCUGAACACGGCUCCGUUAACAGUGAGAACGUCCCCUAUUCUGCUGAAGCGGGUUACUUUGUGGCCAAGAUCAGGGCUGUAGACGCAGACUCUGGAUAUAAUGCUCUGCUUUCUUAUCACAUCUCUGAGCCCAAGGGGAACAACCUGUUCCGAAUCGGAACCAGCACCGGGGAAAUCCGGACUAAAAGGCGAAUGAGUGACAAUGACCUGAAAACGCACCCGUUGGUGGUGUUGGUUUCUGAUAACGGAGAGCCCUCCCUGUCAGCUACUGUGUCUAUUGAUGUGGUGGUGGUUGAAAGCACAGGUGACAUGCAGACUCCGUUCAGACACGUACCCAUAAAGGAGGAGAGCUUCUCUGAUCUAAACUUGUAUUUGCUGAUCUCCAUCGUGUCAGUGUCAGUGGUGUUUCUACUGAGCCUCAUCAGUUUAAUAGCGGUGAAAUGCCACAGGACAGACGGCAGUUUCAGCAGGUACAGCGCCCCAAUGAUCACCAGCCACCCUGACGGGAGCUGGUCUUACUCUAAAGCUACUCAGCAGUAUGACGUGUGUUUCAGCUCAGACACGCUGAAGAGUGACGUAGUAGUUUUCCCUGCGCCGUUUCCGCCUGUUGAUGCGGAGCUGAUCAGUAUUAAUGGAGGAGACACUUUUAACAGGACUCAGACUUUACCCACCAAAGACAAGAGGCUCGAUGCCCCUCCUUAA